CAAUAAGCCGGUUUGCGAACUGCCAUUGACACCAGGAGAGAAGAACGAGGGCGGGAAGCGCUGUUUGAUGCUGACAGCAGCGUCAUGGACGUGGAGAUGGCGGAGGUUGAUAGCGACCACAGACCGACACAAAGCGGGCAGAAGACGCACACGGAGGCCGGUGAACCUUCGUCUAAAAGCUCCGGCGGCGCGUACGAGCUGCCCUGGGUUGAGAAGUACCGACCGCUGAAGCUGAACGAGAUCGUGGGGAACGAGGAGACGGUGAGCCGGCUGGAGGUGUUCGCCAGGGAGGGAAACGUCCCCAACAUCAUCAUAGCAGGUCCUCCCGGCACAGGAAAGACCACCAGCAUCUUGUGUUUAGCCCGAGCUCUGCUGGGAGCCUCCAUGAAGGACGCCGUGCUGGAGCUGAACGCUUCCAACGACAGGGGCAUCGACGUGGUGAGGAACAAGAUCAAGAUGUUUGCUCAGCAGAAAGUCACCCUGCCCAAAGGACGACACAAGAUCAUCAUCCUGGACGAGGCCGACAGUAUGACAGACGGGGCUCAGCAGGCUCUGAGGAGGAUCAUGGAGAUCUACUCGAAGACGACGCGCUUCGCCCUCGCCUGCAACGCCUCAGAUAAGAUCAUUGAGCCGAUCCAGUCUCGCUGCGCUGUGCUGCGUUACUCCAAACUGACGGAUGGACAGAUCCUCGCCCGGCUGCAGGAGGUGGUGGAGAAGGAGGGUCUGACUGUGUCUGACGACGGGCUGGAGGCCGUCAUUUUCACCGCCCAGGGAGACAUGAGACAGGCGCUGAACAACCUGCAGUCCACCCACUCCGGCUUCGGCUACAUCAACAGCGAGAACGUAUUCAAAGUGUGCGACGAGCCCCACCCGCUGCUGGUGAAAGGCAUGCUGGGACACUGUGUAGAUGGGAACAUCGAUGAGGCCUACAAGGUGGUGGAGCGGCUGUGGGCGCUGGGCUACUCUCCAGAGGACAUCAUCGGAAACGUCUUCAGGGUGUGCAAGACCUACCCGAUGGCCGAGUACCUCAAACUGGAGUUCAUCAAGGAGAUUGGUUAUACUCACAUGCGGGUGGCUGAAGGCGUGAACUCAUUGCUGCAGAUGGCCGGUCUGCUGGGGCGACUCUGCAGUAAGACGGCGCCCCCUGCUGCCAGCUGAGCUCCUGCUGCCUCCUCCUCACACUGCUGGACUGUGCUCAAAGAUCACGCACUGGUUUAAUGUGACUGCGCCCGUUUCAACCAGACAUCGCAGCAAAAUAAUGUAAAACUUGUCACUGUGUCUUUUGUAAUAAAUCACCUGUCGCUGA